CGACAAUCACACAUGAAAGUGAUGAAACCUUAUCGCGUCUCACUGUCUUGCUCAUCCUCACGGGUCACAGCCAUCAUCCUUCUCAACGUAAUUAGAUUGGAAUUCAUUUCUUAUGCAUUUGAAUCCAUAUUAAGGAGUAGUAGGAGAAGCAGGUUUCCGGUUUCCCCGUUGCAUGACGAAAGCUUUGGAGCUUUUCCACAACCGGAGGACCCGUUUGGGUCGGAGCAUUCCCGUGAUUGAGUCCGAUCGCUCUCCCGAUCGAAUCUCUUCCCACGACAACCAUAUCAAUCGUCGCCGCAAUCACCGCCACAGCCAUAGCAGCAGUACUGAUCGCCGUGUUGACCGGAACGAUUUGAAUGGCUGCGAUAAUCCACGCCGCCCUUUCAACUCUAUCCACCGUUCCUCUUUUCCGGAGCGUGAGUCACUUUGGGUUGACCUGAGCAGUACCCCAUCAUCUUCCGGAAAUGUUAACAACAUAGAAAAUGAGUUUAGUAUUCAAGAUAGACUGAGAAUUACUAGGAAUGAAAGGCUUCCUAGUGCUGUACUACUUGCAAGGGAUAGGCUCCUUCAGAGGCUGAGAGGUGUAUCUCUAUCAGGAAACAGACAAAGUAACCGUGUUUCAGCAAGCUUCCAUAGAAGAGACUCGACAAUUGCAGACGAUUUUCAACUUACUGAUGCUAUUGACUGGGAAACUGAAAUUUCUAGGGAGUGGCAUGGACCGGACAUGUUUUCCAACUCUCUUAGACGGGAUAAGAUCAGUAGACCUCCUGGGCUAACCAAAGAAGCACUGGAGUCUCUGCACGUUAAAAUUUUCUGCAACUUGGAUUACACCAACAAAUCCGUUCCCAGUAUAGUCCAAGAGUGCAGCAUUUGUCUCGAGGCAUUUCUGGACGGAGACAAGCUAAUAUCUUUACCGUGUGAGCACAUGUUCCACGACGGCUGCUUGGUUCCCUGGGUUCAAACGUGUGGGGACUGCCCAAACUGCCGAGCAGGUAUAUCAUCUCCGUCUACUACCUAAAACACCUGCCAGUAACUCACUAGUGACAAACACUUUCUGCUCCACACGUUGUAUAGACUAUAUAGAAUACAUUUUUGUCUUUAGGUCUUUGUUGCUUUCCUUUCCUUGGUCCACACAUGUCUAGUGACCACUAAGCGCACACUAAUAGUACGAAGUAAUUACCUAGAAAGUAGGCCGUCCUCCACCUUCCCAUCUGUGAACUAGUCAACUAGAAAGUAGGCCGUCCUCCACCUUCCCAUCUGUGAACUAGUCAAUGCCAGACGAAAACCGGGAAGCAUCAGCCAACAGACAUAUGGCGUGACGAGGGGCCCCGAGUGGUGCCAUUCCAAAACCACGCAGGCCACUUUGGAUUGUUAGUGGAAUUUCUAUGAAAGUGGGGAAGGAGGCUGAUGCAAUGUUGAAAUGUAAUGUAAAUGUAAUCAAAGUAUUGUCUAAAGUCAACACUUUACCUACUAAACUUUUGGUGUCAGCCAAUUACGUUGUAUAAGCUGUAACUUUCAGUUAGGUUUCUUGGUCUGCCGUAACCUUCUUGAAAAGUCUAGAGAGAGUGGUUAGUUCCU